AAAACUCAGACUUUGAAGAGCUGCUUAUUCUAUAGGUAGAGCGCUGAUAUUUGCUUUCUAGAAACUGUAACUUAAUUAUAUCCGGUUCUGAGAGUCAAAGUGCAGUUAGUGAGGGAUUGACUAGUUAAGAGUUUUCAGCAUGGACGUAUUGAGUGGGAUUCUGCUCCUCUGCUUGGCUGUUGGACUUUAUGUCGUUUGUUCGCUGUACUUGCUACGCAAUCCAUGGAUUCUUCAUAAGAAGAAACGGCUGGAAUUCUACUGCAGACACAUUUCACACAGAGGAGGUUCUGGAGAGAAGAUAGAAAACACAAUGGAAGCUUUUACACAUGCUGUGGCUGUGGGCACUGAGAUGUUGGAGAUGGACUGCCACCUCACAUCGGAUGGCUAUGUGGUCAUUUCACAUGAUUACAACCUAAUGAGACAAACCGGAUAUGACAAAACAGUGUCGUCUCUUAGGUUCCAGGAUUUGCCUCUCUAUGAAGAGCGACUCGAGGUCACAUUUUAUGUUGGACACUACAGUACAGGAAAGGACAGAAAGUUUGUGCUGCUGGAAGAUCUCUUUAAGAAAUUUCCCAGCAUGCCAAUGAUACUUGAGAUCAAAGAAAACAAUGACUUGCUCAUCAAAAAGGUCUCUAAUCUUGUGAAGCAAUAUCACAGAGAAAGCUUUACAGUUUGGGCUUCUGAAGAGUCUGACGUUAUGGCUAAAUGUAAUGAGCAGAACCCGUCCAUGCCCUAUAUGUUCACUAUGAAGCGUGGAAUACUGCUUUUAUUGCUCUUCUAUACUGGGCUGCUUCCCUUUGUUCCUCUGGGUGAAAGUCUGCUGCUCUUCUACCUGCCCAGCAUUAUCAACAGGACUUAUAUUCCAGAAGAAGCCAUUCUGAAGAAAAGAUUUGUGGUGUAUCUACUUCAGAAGUUGACAAUGCGAAAAUCAUUGUUUGAACACUUGAUCAAGAGGGGCUUGCAGGUGCAGCUGUUCGUGUGCAAUGAGGAGAGCGAUAUGGAAGCUGCGUUUGCAGUCGGAGCUACAGGCGUUAUGUCUGACUAUCCCACCCUCCUGACAAACUACAUCAAAAAACACCCUCCACCUCCACCUCCACCUAUUAGUUAUUUCAAAGGGAACAGUAAACAUUGCAUUGCCAAUAGAUAAGGUUACACUUUAAUUUGAUAGUCCACUUUAGACUUUCUACUAUAAGUAAAUUGCAUUCUACUAUAGGUAACUACAUGUCAACUAACUCUCACUGAAGUAUUAGUAGACUGUUACAU